AUUGAAGUCAAGAGGUAGGCAAGAUACUUGUCUACUAAUUAAUUGAAGAUAUACGUUCAUACCUAUGAUUAUUAAUGUUUAAAAAAAUAAAAGCGAAUAGAAAUAAUGUUAUUAAAUGAAAUAUCGUUCAUGCACAAUAGUGAAACUGUUGGCAUUCAUUUACAAGAGAUCAAGAAGUCAAGGAAUCUCUCCCAGAACUUCUCUCCUUAGGGUGGUAGGUGAAUGCACGUAUUAUAUAUAUUUCUCGUCCUUCACUUCUAUAUUCCAAAGUCACCAUUUUUAUUAAAAAAAAAUUCCAUCUUAGCUUCCAUGCCGUCCUCCUGAUUAAACCACUUUCAAAGGUCUGAUUAGUGAAAAACACAUUGCCAAGGUCGAUCGGAUAUCGUAGCAUUGCUCAUAUCGGUUCUAGCUAGAUGACUAAGAAGAUUACAUGGAAGUCUAUCAUCUUCGUCCUAAACUGUUACAGGACCGAUUACCCCACCUUGCAGGAAAAACAACCUUUGAAACGAGGUUCAUUUCAGAGGUUGUGCCUCUCGGACAUAAGCAAUUCCAGCUCAUCUCAAGCCAUUGACGAUCUCUCAAUUUCUCUUGCCGGUUCAAAACUUCACGUAUUCAGCCUAGAGGAGCUUAGGGAGGCAACCCAUAAUUUCUCAUGGAGCAAUCUGCUUGGUGAAGGAGGGUUUGGACCCGUGCACAAGGGAUUUUUUGAUGACAAACUUAGGCGUGGAUUGAAAGCUCAGCCUGUAGCUGUCAAACGCCUCGACCUAGGUGGCUUGCAAGGUCAUAGGGAAUGGCUGGCAGAGAUUAUCUUCCUCGGACAGCUGCAGCAUCCGCAUCUUGUUAAGUUGAUUGGGUACUGUUAUGAGGAGGAACAUAGGCUUUUGGUUUAUGAGUACAUGCCAAGAGGAAGCCUGGAGAACCAGCUCUUCAGAAGGUACUCUGCUGUCUUGCCAUGGUCAACCAGGAUGAAAAUUGCAUUAGGUGCAGCCAAGGGCCUGGCCUUCCUUCACGAAGUACAUAAACCAGUCAUUUACAGAGACUUCAAAGCGUCAAACAUUUUGCUGGAUUCGGAUUACACAGCCAAACUGUCAGAUUUCGGGCUGGCAAAGGAUGGUCCGGAAGGCGAAGAAACACAUGUAACAACACGCGUAAUGGGAACACAUGGCUAUGCUGCUCCUGAGUAUGUCAUGACAGGUCACCUCACAACGAAGAGCGAUGUGUAUAGCUACGGCGUGGUUCUGUUAGAAUUGCUCACAGGGAAGCGGGUGGUGGAUAAGACCAGGCCCAGCAAAGAACAUAGCUUGGUGGAGUGGGCAAGGCCUAUGUUAAGGGAUCCCAAAAAGCUGUAUCGAGUCAUAGAUCCCAGAUUGGAAGGUCAAUUUCCUGCGAGAGGAGCUCGCAAGGUGGCUGCUUUGGCUUACAAAUGCUUGAGCCACCACCCAACACCGAGGCCCACCAUGUCCGAUGUGGUUGCCAUAUUGGAGACACUUCAGGGCUUUGACGAUGUUUUCAUAGGACCGUUCGUGUAUGUGGCCGUAAGCGAAGGCCAAAAAGAAGCGUAAACUAGUGAUAUGAAAGUAUACCCAGAUAGUAAUUCUUUUUUUGGUUUUCUCAUUUUGGUCCGUAAAGGAUGUGUGGAUCUUCAUAAUUAUGAAGCUGGAAGUAAUUAGUUGUAUACAGAAUUAGCUAGGAACUGAAAGCUGCGCCAAGGAGGAUGCAGUUUGAGGUGAAAAUAAUAUUACCACUUUGAGAUGCAAUUUGUCCGGAGGGGUAAACAAGAUUCUCAGGUUUGAGAGUGUACACAGUUAUUCAGUGCAAAGUUUGGCAUAAAGCGUGUACAUUUAAGUAUCAGUCCAGAAGAGGCGUGUUCAGGGAACUUUCGACUUUUCGUCAGUAGGUGGAGGAGAAAGACGGGGGUUAACAUAAUGAUUAAAAGGUCCUUCCUGGCAGCCACAGGGAAGGAAAUCGUUAUCCUUGUAUUGUUUAUUGGUGUGAGAAAGUAGAAAAUAAGCCUGGUUAGUUGUUCCAAGUGGAAACCCGGUCAUGCCUAUUUUUCGACGUGACGUACUAUGAGUCCGCAUGGGAUGACAAUGACAGAACAACUCAAGGAAAAGUAAGCAUCGCAGUUAAUGUUGGAAUAUAACAAAUUAAACCUUCUAUUUGGGAUGGAAAAUAGUAAAACAUUACAGUCGGAAUGCUUGGUUUAGAAGUAACCUUAUUUUAUAUUAUGCGAGUUAAAUAGGUGAGAAGGAUUUUGUCAUAAGAUGUAAAGUUUUCUUUUUGGAAAUAACCUAAGCUAUUGCCUUUAACUCACGUUGAUCUCAGCGAAUAAAUGGACAAACACUAAACCAUCGGAAUCCAUAAAGUGGUGUAUAUAUAAUAUAUGUAUGUAUAUUAGUUUACAAUUUAGCUUCC